ACUGUUGAAGGCUGCGGACUGACGGCUCACCAUAAAAUGAGUGAGUGGUUUAAUAGGACUGUGUUUCUUGAACGUCAGUGGCCAGAGGCAGAGAAGUGGCUGCUGGUGGCUGUGUUGGGAAUGGAGAUGGUCAUGGGAGUUGUAGGAAACUGUCUUGUUCUGCUGGUCAAAGUCAUGCAGAGGGGUCAGUUCUGCUGUCGUUACUGGCUUCCUUUCACGAGUCUCACCUUGUCAGACCUAGGGUGCUCCCUCCUCAUCAUCUCCGGCUCCCUGUUUGCCAUGCUGACAGGAGGUCAGAGGUCACCGUGGUGUGAGGUCGUCAGCCUGCUCAAGUUUGCCUUCAUCACCUCCUCCAUAGGGAGCAUAGCUGUCCUCUGUUUGCAACGUCUGAUUGGCAUCCCCUCAACAGGAAGUGCUCUUUGCUGCUUGGCAUCUUGGGUUACAGGAAUUGUGUUUGGAAGCGUUCCUGUUGUCUACAGUUGGAUAAAGUACGACCCUGCAGAGAUGCUGUGUGCCGUCUUCUGGGAAAACAGCUACUCAGACAUGUUGGUCUACAUUCUCUGUGCUUUCUCCAUCUGCAUCUUCUUCCCCUUCCUCAUUAUUUUCUUCUGCUCUCUACUGAGUGCCACUGGCUGCCACGCGAGCUGCAACAGUGAUGAUGAAGAUCUGUCUGCAGUCACUCCUCUGCUGGUGGCCUCCUACAUGCUCUGCUACACUCCCUUCAUUGUGUCUGAGCUGAUCCUGCUGGGCAGGAUGGACCUGUCACCGGCACCUGAUUGGUUAAGAACACUGUCGUCAGUGAUGUCAUACCUGGACUGUGGUCUGAACCCUCUUAUUUACUGCUCCCAUCAGGACUUCCGGGAGGCGGGCCUGGCCCUGCUGUGGACCAACAGGAAAACAUCGUCAGAGCCUGUCCUGACUUCUAUCACUAAACAUGACGUGUAA